CAGACAUUUUUUCAAAGUACACACACAAAAAAUUGACCGAAUGUAGACGAGGGAAAAGCUUAAAAUUUUCCAAUUAAAAAUUUAUUAUUCGGCGCAAACAAUUAAAUUCAGCAAAGAGCAGUGAAAAUUACCAUUGUUUAACACGUUUAAAUAAAAGCAAGCAUUUUUAUCAAUAAAUAUACUGCGUUUCUGAAUAAAAUGAGUACAGUAGAUGCAAGUGGAGGAACUGGAGGAGGGGGCGCCCCUGGGCCGGGUGGUGGCAAUGUAGGGGGCGGAGGAGGUGUUGGAAGCGGGGGAGGCCCAGGUGGUGGUGGCGGCGGUAGCGCAAAUAGUGGAGCCCUAAACUCCGUUGUGGCUGGCAUGGGUUCAACACAGGCGCCAACGGGAGAAGCUCAUAAAAACUUUAAAACCCAUUACAUAGUACAACCUUACCUCAAUCAUCAAUACCAACAACAAUAUCAACCAUCAGGGCGUCCAACAGCCUUCGCCAUUCAAUCACCAUCAACAACAACUACAACGAUAUCAACAACUACAUUUUCAAGCAAUCAAGAAUCACAUAACCAACAUUCCGAUUUACCCGAUCCCAACACAAUAACCUCAUAUUCUAAUUAUUUACAUACUCCCCCUACCCAUCCGCCUGUACACACAACACAUUUGCUCCCCAGCGAUAUUCAUACAUAUGCACCCAGUCAGUCACAGUCUCACAAUCAAACCCUUAAUAUAUAUGCUCCUAUGCAGUAUAAUAAAUCGCCACAUAUCCAACCAUAUUCUUUUGAUCCAGUUGCAGCUAAAAUUUCCCAUGUCAAGACAACACUGGAUGGUAAUCUGGUGAACACCAGCUCAACUAGUGGUAACAGCAUGCAAAUGGGCGGCGGCAACGUAAGUGGUGUUAGCACCAUAAUGACUAGUAGCAUUUCAACAGCUGGAGCCAUUAAAAUGACGACAGCCGGUGGAGCAAUAGCGACUUCUAUAGGAGGCACGCCAAUUGCACUUAAUGUAGCACAGUCGCCCACAGCUAUACGCACCAUUGGCGCAGGCGGUCAAUCGACACAGGUGCGUGUUGUUAUGCCCACCAAUAUUAUACCAAUCAAGCAGUUUGAAGGAGCUGCCGGUAUCGGACGUACGCAGAUUACCGCCAUACCAGCGGGCGUAGCGGGUGCCACUUCUCGCACUGUUUCCAAUACAUCCAUAACAGUGACAAGACCGCUAACUCAAACCACCUACUUUCCACGUGCUAGCGUUAAUGCAACUCAGAUGACAGCCGUAGGCUCGGGACAAAGGCUUGUGACGCCAAUUCGCACUGGCCCGAAUCCUGUCUCAAUGAGUGGUGGUGCUACGGUAACCGGGCUAACAACAACUGGAGGAUUUGUACGGGGCACUGCUGCCACUAUGAACCGUAACACAUCAUCACCGGCUACAUCGGUUAUAUCGCCAGCGACUAGCACAACUUGGAUGCAAACAAACACGGGCGGACAAGUGCAACUCAUACGCUCGAUACCACAGCAAACACAAAAGCGUAUUAUCACCGCGCAAGGUAUGACAAGUACUGGCUCCUAUGGCGGCGCCAACAUAGCUGGUGGAAUGGGUACAGCGGUGGGUGGUACAGUAGUCGCUGGUACACCGCCGUCAGUUGUCCAGACUGGUUGCGGCAACCAAACACAGAACCAAACGAGCGUACCAGGCGGACAAUCUACUGUACAAGCAGUUUCUUCAUCUGGCGUUUCGCAUAGUCAGCCGCAAUCACAACAGCAACAGACCUACGUUGCCACGUUGGCCACUGUGUUACCACCACGUCAGCAUCAAGCCACACUGGUUUACUCUUCAAAUGUAGCAGCCACUUCACAACCACUCACACAGCAGCCACAACAAUUUAACCCCUCCGUAGCUCCAGGCCAACGUCUUGCCGUUGCCACACAACUCUCAGCUACAGCCACGUCCACCACUGGUACAGCUUCGCGUCAAAUACGCCCGAUACCAUUACCGAAAUCCUUUUCCGCAGCCAAACUAAAUACGACAAGCAUUAGUAUACGUUCUCCCAACAUGACAUCUACGCUUCAACAAGUUGGUAGUGGUGUUACAGGUGGCGGAGGAGGUUCUGUGGUUGCGUCGAGCAAUAUGACAACUACCAAUUCGUCACGCAAUACCACAAUGGGUGGUGUAACAACCGGUGUUGGCAACAAUGUUAUACCAACGGCGAAUCUGCCUACUACGCGUAUUAUACAAUUGCAACAACCAGCCGGUGGGGCGCAGCCUAUCAUCGGCUCGACUGGACGUAUAUCGGGGAAUGUGAUGUUCCAACCAAUCAUUGUGAACACUGGUAAACUAGUGUCUGGUAUACGCCAACCGGUCUCGAUGACUCCCAAACCUUCGCUUACUAUCACACCGUUCGGAUUGGGUAAGCUGCCCGCUGGCAAUGGUGGUAAUACUGCCCAGAUAGGCGUUAAUUUGGCACAGCAACAAAGCGUAAGCACCAGCAUACAAUCGUCCUUGGGUAGUAGCAGCAGUUUGAGCGCAAAUGUUGGUGGCGUUGCAGGUGGCAAUAAUUCAUCCGCCCUAUCUGCAAACACACCCACGUCGAGCAGCGGCGGUAGCGUCGCCAAUCUAUCAACCGCACAACUUGUGAAUGUGUCGCAGGCUGCAGCCGCCGCAGCGGCUGGACAGCUCUUAAGCACGCAAAAUAUCGUUUCGUCGGCAGCUGGAGCAGGCGCCACAGUCCUGCCACUGGCUAUAACAACUCGUGGCAGCACAGCUGGCAACAUACUCACUGGCACUAUUACACCGCUUAAGAAUGCCAGCGCCAUAACAGUGGGGAAAGUAAUGGCUACAGCUAAUGCAUCAAACUUGGAUGGCAGCGGCAGUGGUGCGAGUGGUGGCAGCAUUAUCACCAGCAGCGCCGGGCCACCGACAAAUGUUUACAUACAUCAAGCAGUGUCAGCGCAGCGUCAGCAUGGGUCUAGUGUAAGUGUAAGCGCCACCAAUUUACAUGCACCACCGACAGCCUCAAGCAGCAACACUACUGUACUCACAACAACAGGAGGCGGUGGUAAUAUGUCCACCUCAGCGGGUGCUUUCUUGCCGCAAGGCGGAACAAUCUAUUAUGAAUCGGUACCGGCUAGCUCUGUGCAAGUAUCAACUGGAGUGCUUUCACUCAGCACCACAACUGUUACAAGUAGCGCUUUGCAACCAACACAGAAUCAGUUAGCAAACGCAUCGUCGGCUACGAAUCUAGCAAUCUCGUCGUUGCCAUUUGUUGCUUCAGCAGCUUCGCAUACGGGAAAUUCAACGCCAACUUUUACAGUAGUGCCUUCAACAGGUGGGCGCUCUAUCGCCCAGUUGCAGAUACCAGUCUCCAGCGCCGCAGGUACCCAAAUUCAGUCAGUGCCAUUGCGUUUUAGUGCGCAGUUGGCAUCAGCAGCACAGGUCGGCGGCAAUGCAAGCUCCUCCAACACACUUACGGCCGAUGCCAUAUCCGUGUCACAAGCCACACAGCAAUUAUUGCAACAAAGUGGGGUUGCAGCUGGCCAGCAGUUGCUAAUACCCGCUUCAGCAGCGCAUCAAGCUGGUGCUGGCACGACUACAGCUACGCUUACCGGCACGCAAGGACAGCACGUUGUUAUACCACUGCAGACGUCGAUUAAAUUAACUGGCAGCAGCGCGGGAUCAGCCGUGGUGUCCAAUUUUCUACGCAAACGCGAUGCGGAUGGAUCCCCCAUACGAGCUGCGAAAAAUCUUGCACCAACAUUGCUAUCAAUGGGUGGUGGAGGUGGCGGUGGCGCGAUCUUAACGAGCGCGGCUGGCUCCCCGGCAGCUUCUUCUGUAGGUAGUAUUUUCAGUAUAACUUCUGUGGCAUCAUCAUCGGCUUCCUCAAUGAGUUCAGUACAAACUACGACAUCGUCUGCGCUUACAACAGAGGCUUUGGCUAAGAAAGAUCGCGCACAAGCAGCGGCCACUGGUAAUGUUAUUGGAGUGCAGAGAGCAGCACGCGGUGAGUCGCCUGUUUCAUCGGAUGGCUCCACAACGGUGUCGGCGAAUUCAUCACCCGGCGUUGAUCAGCAAAUACAGGAUGGUAAUAUGUUGAUGGGUAAUAAUAUGGGGCAAGGCGCAAACGAUGCAACACAUUUUAAUCCCAUAAAUGAGCUGUAUGCGAAUCACCAUGGGAACAUUAAUAUGCACCAAAAUGUGCUUAUGAGUGGAGGCGGCGACGGCACACCCAUAAGCUCACGCAACUCUUCGCUGGAUCAUCAUCAGCAAUUGCACGCCCCGAUGGCGUCAAGCUCGGCUCGUCUCAAUGGUGGGCCACCCGAAUGUACGACGCGCAAAAAGUCCAGACGCUCAACUAACGAUAGUCAGCUUUCGAGUCAUAGUCAAAGUUCACUCACACUCCCACCACCAACAGCGACUGGGGUUGCUGUCACUCAUAUGAAUAGCAGCAACAAUACCGGCAAUAGCAAUAACAACUAUGAGCUGUCUGCCGCAAGUGGCAACGGUGGUAUGCUGCUAGCUCCCGUACAAGGCUCCAUGGCGCCUGGCGCUGCUGACAGUUCGGCAACGCAUCAAUAUGAUGGUAAUAAUGCAAAUGCUAUUAUUACCAAUGCUGCACAUAAUAUUACGAGCAAUCACAAAAAUAAUAACUUGCCUCCUACCGCAGGCAAUAAGGAAAACGCCAAACCAACGGAAUUUGCUGUGCGACGUCCGCAGAGUUUCACUUUGCUAAAUACAUACAAGCAAAAUUGGAAGACGGCCAACAAUCACUUUCAACGAUACUCAGAUGUGAAACCGCGUGAAGAACGCCGUCCAACGGUUAUUGAUUUGGCAAAUCAGUCCAAUGUAAUGGGCAAAAUUAAUGGUUGGAAAAUCUAUCAUUUAAGUUCGCAAAUGGAGGAUUUGUGUGAGAAUGAAUCGAAUGGGUACGAUCAGUUGAGCAAUAUGUUGAAGCAAAUGGAAACGCAUGAGAAGAAUCCGGAAAUUGAGCGCAUUAACGAACUGCUUAAGGGUAACAUACAGCGUAGCAAAAUAAUAGUCGAUGGCAUACAUGAAGCACAAAAUCAGAUGAUGAAAAUUUUUGAGCAUAAAUCGCACAUAUCGGAUAUAUUACAUCGGUGCGCCUCGAAGCGUAAUUUUAAGAAACGCGAGAAAUUUUAAAACGGCAUACAUCAGCAUUUGUAAAAAUCUUACCGUUAUAUAUAAACUCUUAGAUUUUAUUAUAUUGUAAAUUAAUUAUUAAGUUAUAUACUAUCUUUACGAAUGUACAUGCACAUACAUAUAUAAAUGUUUUAUUUGAAAAAUUUUAAAACAAAAAAAAAAUAAGCGUUUCUCUGUUCUUCUAAGCUACGUACAUUAAAUACUAGUUGUGUUAAGAAAUAUUCCGCUUAUAUUAAACACGUGAAGAAAGUUACCAUUUUCACAAAGAAAAGAACGAACUAAAAUUAGAUGUGCUCAAUUUUCUUUUCUGUCGUGAGUUAAAUGCAUUUGCACGUAAAAACUACAAAUUGAGUUUUUAAUAAAAAAAAAGUGUAUGGCAUUAGUUGUAAGCUUAUUGCAUACCAUAACUGGGGCCCGCAAUCACAAUUUGAAAUUUGUUCGAUUAUAUUUUAAAUAAAAAUUUAAGCUUUUCAAAAUAAAAAAUUAAAAAUAUAAAAAUAUAUAAUGAUCACACUUACUUUUAAGUUGAAACGUUUAUAGAGUUAAAUAAAUGUUGCAAAUUUUAA